GGCCCUGCUUUUUACCGUGUCCUUCACCCUCGCUGUCUCUCUUGCUUUCGAAGAAAUUUCGCAGAAGAGAACACAUGAGGUUAGACCUCAAUCAAGUCAAUAUUCCUCAGUUCAGAUCUUCUGUUUGCAGUCGAUUCAAAGGUACCAAUUUGGAAACCCUAAUUUUAUGCCUCUGCAAUUUCACGAUCGAAUUCCCUCGUUUUCCUUCAAUCUCAUAGGUCAGUACAAACACUUUCUUCAAAUCUACAUCCAAUUCAAAUUUUAGGGUUUCGUUGUUGUUUAUCCGUCGAAACUCUAGUUUUUUUUUUUUUGGGUCAAUAAGCUUGGAAUUGGUGCUUUAGUAAUAAUUUGCCAGAAUCUGUAUUGGAAGAUUAAAAAUGAUGGAGUUGAGUGGUGUACAUGGUAAGAGGCAAGGUCAAUUUCGUGGAAUCUUCAAUGGGUUUUGUGCUUUGGUACUGAUUUUCUUCUUUUAUAACCGGGGAGAUAUAUUGAGGAACCCAAUCCUAAGGCAAUCGUCAACACGUGGUUCCUAUGGGGGUUCAAGUCAUUCAAUUGUAUUUCACCGGCGGCAAGUGGUUGAAAUUAGUGUUAAUUCAUCAAAUUUCAUAGAUGGGUCUGAUCAUAAUAAUAAUAAUAAUAGUAGUUUGUCUGGAAGUAACCCCGAAUUUUGUGCUGGAUUAUUCAACCAUGUGAAUUUUGCGAGCCGUUGUGAGUUCUUGAAAGCGCACCCCCAGUGCUCGUCCGCUGGAUUCUUUGAUUACACAGUGUUUUUCUAUUGUGAUUGUCAUGAAAAUGCCUUUGCUUAUGUAAUAUUGGGUAUUUGGCUAGCUGCAUUGUUCUAUCUGUUGGGUAACACAGCGGCGGAUUACUUCUGUUGUUCUUUGGAGAAGCUCUCAAGUCUAUUGAGGCUAUCUCCAACUGUUGCUGGGGUGACUCUCCUUCCACUUGGAAAUGGGGCUCCUGAUGUGUUUGCAAGUAUUGCUGCUUUUCUGGGGACAGGCACUGGUGAUGUGGGUCUUAAUAGUGUGUUGGGUGGGGCAGUGUUUGUUACUUGUGUCGUUGUUGGGGCUGUUUCUCUUUGUGUAGCUGAGCAGGAUGUUCGGAUUGAUCGGAAAUGUUUUAUUAGAGAUAUUAGUUUCUUCAUUGUUACUCUUCUAUCACUUUCAUUGAUUUUGUAUGUUGGUAACGUGAGUGUGGGGGGAGCUAUCGCAUUUGUCUUGAUUUAUGCGGUUUAUGCAUUUGCUGUUGCUGCGAAUGAAAUUUUGAGGAAACAUGCUCGGAGGUUGAAAUUGGAUGUCGUUACACCGUUGCUUCCUGUCAAAGGAAGUGUGUUCUCUCAAGGGAACCAAGAGGAUGACUCUAUCUAUAGUACUUUGCUUGACAUGGACACAGAAAGUGAUACAAUCAUGUCCCGUAGUGCAUUGCCUCAGUGGAUGUGGGCGUCAAAUGUCGCAAUAUAUUCAAAUCAGUCAGCUAAGGUGUUUGACAAUGAGAGGCCUGUGUGGGGCUGGAUUGAUGAUGGCAUAGAAACUGAGCACUCGUCAUUCUCCUGUUCUAAACUAUUUUCGCUAAUGGAGUUGCCUUUAACAAUGCCACGCCGGUUGACAAUUCCUCUAGUUGAGGAGGAAUCUUGGUCAAAAGUCUAUGCAGUAGGCAGUGCUUCACUUGCUCCCAUUCUUCUGGCAUUUCUCUGGAGUACUCAAGACAGUGUGGGUUCUAAAAGCAGAAAGGUUGCUUAUUUCCUUGGUGUUUCCAUUGGUUGUGCACUCGGUGUUCUUGCAUUUCGGUACACUAGAUCAGAUCGUCCACCUCAGAAGUUUUUACUUCCAUGGGUUUUGGGUGGAUUUUUGAUGAGUAUUGUUUGGUUCUACAUGAUUGCAAACGAGCUUGUUGCUCUGUUGGUAGGAUUGGGUGUAAUUCUAGGGAUUAAUCCAUCAAUCCUUGGAUUAACUGUACUGGCAUGGGGCAACUCGAUGGGUGAUUUAGUGUCAAAUGUUGCAUUGGCAAUGAAUGGUGGGGAUGGUGUGCAGAUUGCCUUGUCUGGAUGCUAUGCAGGUCCGAUGUUCAACACACUUAUUGGUUUGGGGAUCUCAAUGCUGCUUGGAGCCUGGUCAGAGAAACCUGGCUUGUACACUCUUCCACAAGACAGAAGCCUCGUCUAUACUAUGGGAUUUCUCAUCUCAGGACUUAUCUGGGCGCUUGUUGUUUUACCAAGGAAUGAUAUGCGUCCUACCAGGAGGCUUGGAGUGGGCCUCAUUGCCCUUUAUUUGAUAUUUCUCUCUGGUAGGGUAAUCAGUGCCACAGGAAUCAUAUCAUUGGCUGGUCUAAGUUGACAUUUGAUGUAGCAAAUAUUCAGGAAGAGCAGGUUAGCUACAAAGAUUUUUAAAGAUGUGUAUUUUGUCUUAUCUAUUAUUUUCAUCUUGAAGUUGUGUCUCACUAAGGACUAGGAGGAGAGAAAAAAUUCAUGAUCAUGAUCAGCUAUUGUACUUGCCAGUUGCAAAUGAGUAAUCAAUUGUUGUACAGUUAGAUUCACUACAAUAAAAAAGGGAUAUGGCAACGCUUUUGUAUGCUUUAUACUGA